AUGGCAGAGGUGGUUACUAGCAACGGUGCAGGGAACGCUGCUGACUAUUUCCCGAUCCUUUGUUGGAUAACGGAUUAUGAGAAACGGGUCAAGAAGCUAGGCGGUCGGGUUGACGAGUUUUUGCAAAGUCUAGUGGAUGAGAAGCGUGCAGAGAAAGAAAAGGGUCACACCAUGAUCGAUCGCUUGCUUUCUCUCCAAGAAACUCAGCCUGAGUACUAUACUGAUGUUAUGAUACUUGCCAGGACUGAUACAUCAGCAGCAACGUUAGAAUGGGCUAUGUUCAAUUUUUUAAACCAUCCAGAAUUAUUAAAAAAAGCUAAAGACCGAAAUCGACGAGAAAAUUGGUUUAGACUGGUUAAUAAAGGAACAAGACAUCAUGAAGCUUCCUUAUCUCCAAAGCAUAGUGUCAGAGACAUUACAACUAUAUUAUGUGGCUCCAAUGCUUCUCCCUCACAUGGCGUCAGAAGAUUGCAUGGUGCAGGGUAUGAUGUCCUAAGAGGCACAAUCUUGUUGGUGAACGUAUGGGCCAUACACAGAGACCCAAAAUUGUGGGAAGAGUCGGAGAAGUUCAAGCUAGAGAGGUUUGAGAAGGAAGGGGAGGAUAAAAAGCUGAUGUCAUUUGGAAUCGGACGACGAGUUUGUCCUGGAUUAGGGCUAGCUCAGCAGCUAGUAACACUGGCUUUGGAUUUGUUUGUUCAAUGUUUCGAGUGGGAGAUAACCGGAAAAGAAUAUGUGGACAUGAGGGAAACUGAAAAGGGAAUCACCAUGGGCAGAGCUACGUAG